UCUUCGCCUUAUCCUCCAGCACUUGAGCUGAGCCAGAGAGAGACUGCAACAUGUUGGCCCACACACUGCUGGUGUUGACGGCCCUGGUGCUGGCCCACGGUGCUCCUCAGGAGAGGGGCGACACGGACGCCUCCAGCCAGCUGCUCCAGCUCAAGGCCCUGGUGGAGGAGCUGAAGAACACCACCCAGGACCAAGCCGAUGAACUGAAAAUGGUCAAAGACAGACUGGCCAUUGCAGAGAAAGACCUCAAGGAGAUGAAAGAUGUACCAAAAAUUGCCUUCUCUGCAUCACUGGGUGGAGAUGGACUGUUUGAAGCCGGGUCCUCUUACAAGACGAUCAUUUACAAAAAUGUCAUCACGAAUAUUGGCGAAGCAUACGACGACAAAACAGGAAAGUUCACGGUGCCCGUGAGGGGAGUCUACUACGUGCGCAUGACCGCCAACGGCCCGACAGAGAAAACCAUCUCCUCUGUCCUCUAUAAGGGCCAACAAAUUAUUUUGAUCGUUCACGAGCAGCCCUCGGGUGAGGGGAGCGACACUGCGUCCAAUGGCGCCACCUUUCUGCUCGAGAAGGGAGACCAGCUUCACGUUAAGCUCUGGCCAAACACACACAUCUGGGACAACUCUGGCCGCUUCAGCACCAUCACAGCCUUCCUGCUCUACCCCAUGCCGGCGUGAGGAGCCCAAAAAAGCUUGGGACCACAUCAUGACACCAUGCCUGUGGUGUUUUAGUAGUAGGAAUCAUGAUAAGAAAUAACGUAUUUUGUAUGUGAACGUAUAGGCUACAUUUCUUACCAUCACAAUAAAGAUGGAGAACAAAUAAAGAAAUAAGAAAUAAA